UUCGAUUUUUUGAUCUAUAUCAUUAGGCAGAAAGACUUGGUUUCAUGGUGCACUAAAAGGCAUCUGUAAACUUUUUUUACUUUUCUGAAAACGUGAAGCAUAUACUUCGUGGCUGAAAAAUGUGAACGCUUAUCUCUGGUGAAAAAAAUAUUACAUUUAGGUUGACAUUGGAAUUCUUUUCUUUUUUUUUAAAUAUGAAUGACAGUAGAAGUCACCAAUAUAUCUUAGCGGAGUUUCUCCUGCGUUUCGUGUUAGGUGUUAUUUUUUUAAUAUUAGAAUAUGCUGAACCAUUCCGUAGAAAGAUUCAUCCUGAUGAAUUAUGGUUGUAUAAGAAUCCAAGAACUGAAAGUUACAUUCCUACUCGCAUUUUAUGGGUUAUCAUAUGCAUCAUUCCAUUUCUUAUCACCUUUCUGACAAAUUUGCUCAACAAAAGUAAAGCAGAUGGACUUCAAGCCUUUUUGGCACUGUCUCUUGCAUUUGGUAUAAAUGGUGUAGUUACAAAUACUGUGAAGCUUAUUGUAGGCAGACCACGUCCUGAUUUCUUUUAUCGCUGUUUCCCUGAUGGAAAAGGUGAUUUACAACUUCCAUGUUCUGGGAAAAAUGAAGAUAUUAUAGAAGGCUUGAAGAGUUUUCCAAGUGGACAUUCUUCAUUUGCAUUUGCUAGUAUGAUGUUUUGUGCUCUAUAUAUGUGUGGAAAGCUGCAAGUAUUCAACCAACGAGGACGUGGUCAAUCAUGUAGAUUAGUUCUUGCAUUAUCUCCUCUACUUGCAGCUGUAUUUAUUGCUCUUAGUAGGACAUGUGAUUAUCACCAUCACUGGCAAGGUAAAAUUUGCUUCUCAUGUCAAAUCUUUUAACCAUAGUAAG